AUGAACAGUGAUGCGUUUACUAGAAUGGGUAGCUACUUACAAGGAAAAUACAAUAUAGUCGGUGGCUUAGGAAAUCAAUUCAAUGUAUGUUAUAAAGAGAAAAGGAUCCACGCCAGCAAUUAUUGGCAAGCUGCAAACCCUUUAUUCAAAUUUCUCCCCAAGUUUAUGUUGCAGCUGUGCAUCAUUAUACUGUUCAGUCGUACUUUAAUGUUCAUCCUCAAACCUGUUCGUCAACCUCGCUUUGUUUCUGAGAUUCUUGCAGGCAUUGUGCUAGGCCCAAGUUUACUGUCGGAUAUUGAAUGGAUAUCAACGUACAUCAACCCUUUUGAGGGGGCCUUGUUGCUGGAGACGAUGGGGUACCUAGGCGUCACUUUUUAUAUGUUCCUAGCGGGUCUUGAGAUGGACCUAACCCCAAUCCGGAAAAUGGGAAAACCAGCAUGUAGCGUUGCCAUUGCUGGAAUUAUUUUACCAGGAUGUGGAGGAAUGGUAUUAUAUUACCUAGUGUGGAAAGCGCGAAAAGAAUCACCUGAAGAGGGUGGCUUCUUCUGGGCGAUUGCCCUUACUGUCACAAGCUUUCCGGACUUGGCUCGAAUGCUUUCAAAGCUCAAGCUCAUGUACACGGAUCUUGGAACAACGGCCUUGACUUCAGCCGUUCUGACUGACCUGGCAUCUUGGCUUCUUCUUGUGGCAACAGUAUCUAUAGUUAAUGUGGAGGGUCAAUUGUACAAGAUAGUCCCAACUGUGGCUGUCAUGGUAAUAUCUUGGUUUGUGAUACGUCCACUCUUUUUAUGGAUGAUUAAUCGAAUUGAAGCAGGAAAAGAUUCGUCCAUGGAAGGUCAAUAUGGCGAUAAGCAUGUUUGUUUCAUUCUAUCAGGGGUGCUCCUUUGUGGCUUGAUCACAGAAUUAUGUGGGGUACAUUCCAUGUUCGGAGCCUUUAUGUUUGGACUGAUGAUACCCAGUGGAGAGCUUGGGACUCAGAUCAUGGAUAAAAUUGAACAAUACGUGGUUGGGAUUCUGCUGCCCCCUGUCUUCUUGGUUGCUGGGCUGCGAACCAACAUUAAAUAUAUGUCUACGGGAUUUCCUCCUAUGCUGGUGGUCCUAAUCAUACUUGUGGCUUCCUCUGUCAAAAUUAUGAGCACUCUUCUUGUCUGCCUCUACUUAAAGUGCCCAUUUCGAGAUAGUUUGGCCCUUGGAGUCCUUAUGAACACCAAAGGCGUUAUUGCCAUCAUUGUUCUUAAUGAAGGCCGAAAUUUGAAGGAUUUUGACCAACAGACUUUUACUUGGAUGGUUCUUGCCAUACUAAUUAUGACGGGUUUGGUUGGUCCAAUUGUCAGUUUCACUCACAAGUCCAAAAAGUAUUUGAAGCAAUGCUAUAGGAGAAAUUUAGAAAGGAGCAAACUGGACUCUGAGCUUCGAGUCAUGGCAUGCCUUCAUUCCAGCAGAAACCUUUUUGGCUUAAUCAAUCUCUUGCAUAUUUCAAAUGUGACAAGAAAAUCCCCAAUAACCGUCUUUGCCGUCCAUUUGGUUGAGCUCACAGGACGCGCUUCUGCAAUGCUAAUUUUCCAUGAUAAGAUUAAGAUAAAAGAUAUAAUUGGGAACAAACCUAAUCCCACUCGAGAAAAAGCAGAGGCGGAGCACAUAGUCAGUGCUUUUGAAUCCUUCCAGAAGGACAACGAUGCAGCCAUUGUUCACCCCCUCACAGCUGUGUCCCCUUACGCCACUAUGCAUGAAGACGUUAGCAACUUCGCGCUAGAUAAGGGCGUCACUGUCAUUUUACUCCCAUUUCAUAAGAAUCCAAAUGGCCUUGGGGGAUGGACGGACGUAAACAGUCAGCAUCAACAAGUGAGCGAAAAUUUGCUAGCAAAUGCACCCUGUUCCAUUGGCAUACUUGUGGAUCGUGGCCUAACUCGACAUCUUCCUCUAGAGUCACAACGUGAUCGUAUGCGGAAGUUUCGCACUGCUGUGCUCUUUGUUCAGGGAACUGAUGACCGAGAGGCACUGGCUUAUGCAUGGAGAAUGGCAAGCAAUCCAGGCCUAAUGCUAACUGUAGUAAGAUUUAUCCCAGGAAAAGACCUGCUUGAGUUGGAAGAGAGCAGUGUAGCAGAUGAUGAUGACGGUGAUUCAGAAGUGUUCUCUGCCAUGUUUGAGAAAGAGAAAGAGAUACUACUUGAUGAUGAUUACAUAAAUGAGUUCAGAUUUAGAACAAUGAAUGAUCAUUCCAUUGCUUACAUGGAAAAACCAGUGAACAGUGGAGACCAGAUUGUAUCAACCAUAAGAUCAUCUUAUAAUGAUUAUGAUUUGUACAUAGUAGGUAGAGGAUAUGGCAUGCAAUCCCCAUUGACAUUAGGGCUUUCAGAAUGGAGUGAUUGCCCGGAGUUGGGAGCGAUUGGGGAAACAUUAGUAUCAUUGGAUUUCUUAUCGUCAGCCUCAGUCCUGGUUAUGCAACAAUCGGCUCCUACCCCUAGUGUAUCGAAGAACAUGAGCUCUACCUCAAAGAAGGGGGUAAUUGGAAAUAGCGGGCAAUCAACUGCUCAACGAUUUUUUAAUCAUAGAAAAUGAG